UAUCUUUAAAAGGUCAUAAUUUUGGCCCUGUAGGUUCUUCUAAAAGUAGCCAUUUUUACUGUUGCAAUGACUUGGAGUUCAAGAAGAUUUUCUGCACAUGAUUUGUACAUUGAAUCAGAAAAAGGACGUCUUGGAAUUGGAGAUUCACUUUGUCCCAUCUGAAGUCCAUAUGGCUCUGUAUGAUGAAGAUCUCAUGAAAAAUCCUUUCUAUCUGGCUCUUCAGAAGUGGCGUCCUGACUUGUGCAGCAAGGUGGCCCAAAUCCAUGGCAUUGUGUUGGUACCCUGCAAAGGAAGCCUGUCCAGCAGUGUUCAGUCUGCGUGUCAGUUCGAGUCCUAUGUUCUGAGACCAGUGGAAGAGCACUUCCAGACCUUAAAUGGAAAGGAUGUCUUUAUACAAGGAAACAGGAUUAAAUUAGGAGCUGGUUUCGCCUGUCUUCUCUCAGUGCCCAUUCUCUUUGAAGAAACUUUCUACAAUGAAAAAGAAGAAAGUUUCAGCAUACUGUGUAUAGCUCAUCCUUUGGAAAAGAGAGAGAGCUCAGAGGAGCCUUCAACACCCUCAGAUUCCUUCUCUCUGAAAACCAUCGAAGAUGUGAGAGAGUUUUUGGGAAGACACUCGGAGAGAUUUGACAGGAACAUCACCUCUUUCCAGCGAACAUUCAGGGAGUGUGAAAGGAAGAGCCUCCGUCAUCACAUAGACUCGGUGAACGCUCUCUACACCAAAUGCCUCCAGCAGCUGCUGAGGGACUCCCACCUGAAAGUGCUCGCCAAGCAGGAGGCCCAGAUGACGCUGAUGAAGCAAGCGGUGGAGGUGUACGUCCAGCACGAUAUUUAUGAUCUGAUCUUUAAAUACGUCGGGACCAUGGAGGCCAGCGAGGAUGCUGCCUUUAACAAAAUCACGAGAAGCCUUCAAGACCUUCAGCAGAAAGAUAUUGGUGUGAAGCCUGAGUUCAGCUUCAACAUACCUCGUGCAAAGAGGGAGCUGGCUCAGCUGAACAAGUGCACCUCCCCACAACAGAAGCUGGUUUGUUUGCGAAAGGUCGUGCAGCUCAUUACGCAGUCUCCUAGUCACAGAGUUAACUUGGAGACCAUGUGUGCUGAUGACCUGCUGUCAGUCCUGUUAUACCUGCUUGUGAAAACAGAGAUCCCUAAUUGGAUGGCAAAUUUGAGUUAUAUCAAAAACUUCAGAUUUUGCAGCUCAGCAAAAGAUGAAUUGGGAUACUGCCUGACCUCAGUUGAGGCUGCAAUCGAAUACAUUCGGCAAGGAAACCUCUCUGCUAAACCGCCCGAGGCUGAGGGGUUUGGUGACAGACUGUUCCUUAAGCAGAGAAUGAGCCUGCUGUCUCAGAUGACUUCCACUCCCACUGACUGCCUGUUUAAGCACAUUGCAUCGGGUAACCAGAAGGAAGUGGAAAGACUUUUGAGCCAAGAAGACCAAGACAAAGAUGCUGUCCAAAAGAUGUGUCACCCUCUGUGCUUCUGUGACGACUGCGAGCAGCUGGUCUCCGGGAGGCUGAAUGAUCCCUCAGUUGUCACUCCAUUCUCCAGAGAUGACAGGGGUCAUACACCGCUCCAUGUGGCUGCCCUCUGUGGGCAGGCGGCCCUCAUCGACCUCCUGGUUUCCAAAGGCGCUGUGGUGAAUGCCACGGACUACCACGGGGCCACUCCGCUUCAUCUCGCCUGCCAGAAGGGCUAUCAGAGCGUGACGCUGCUGCUGUUGCACUACAAAGCCAGCCCCGAGGUGCAGGACAACAACGGCUGCACCGCUCUGCACCUGGCCUGCACCUACGGCCACGAAGACUGCGUGAAGGCUUUGGUCUACUACGAUGUGCAGUCGUGCAGACUCGAUAUCGGUAACGAGAAAGGAGACACUCCCCUGCACAUAGCAGCCCGAUGGGGAUACCAGGGCAUCAUAGAGACUUUGCUACAAAACGGAGCGUCCACGGAGAUCCAGAACAGGCUGAAAGAAACGCCCCUCGCGUGUGCGCUAAACUCAAAGAUUCUGUCCAUCAUGGAAGCCCAGCACCUGUCCUUCGAAAGGAGGCAAAAGUCUUCAGAGGUCCCUGCGCAGCCCCCUCAGCGCUCCGUGGAUUCCGUCAGCCAGGGGUCCUCCACCUCCAGCUUCUCCUCCGUGUCAGCGAGCUCCAGACCAGAGGAGGCCAAGAAGGACUACAGAGAGGUAGAAAAACUUUUAAGAGCAGUUGCCGAUGGAGAUCUAGAAAUGGUGCGUUACCUUCUGGAGUGGACUGAGGAGGACCUGGAUGAAGUGGAGGAUGCUGUCAGUGCCGCGGAUCUUGAACUGUGUCACCCCUUGUGCCAGUGCCCUAAAUGUGCUCCAGCUCAGAAGAAGCUGGCCAAGAUUCCUGCCAAUGGGCUUGGUGUGAACGUGACCAACCAGGAUGGCGCCUCCCCACUGCACGUUGCUGCCCUGCACGGUCGAGCGGAGCUCGUCCCCCUCCUGUUGAAGCAUGGUGCCAGUGCGGGUGCCAGAAACGUCAGCCAGGCUGUCCCGCUCCACCUGGCCUGCCAGCAGGGCCACUUCCAGGUGGUGAAGUAUCUAUUAGAGUCCAAUGCAAAACCCAAUAAGAAGGAUAUAAGUGGAAACACGCCCCUCAUUUACGCCUGUUCCAACGGCCACCACGAAGUCGCGGCACUGUUGCUGCAGCACGGGGCCUCCAUUAACGUUUCCAACAACAAGGGCAACACGGCGCUGCAUGAGGCUGUGAUGGAGAAGCACGUCUUGGUGGUGGAGCUGCUGCUGCUUCACGGAGCGUCAGUCCAGGUCUUGAACAAGAGGCAGUGCACAGCCAUAGACUGUGCUGAGCAGGGAACUCAAAAAUGUAUGACCUACCAGAUGAACCUUUUCCUAGACAGUUUUACUGUGUCCCCUCGCUUGGUCAGUUUGAGGGAAGGACUUCAAGGGACAUUAUGGCAAGAGAUAGAAGUGUCCCUAAUCUUACUGAAGGUUCUGUGCAUGAGCCAGGGAGGCCCACAGUCACACGGGAACAGGCUAAGCGGCCGGAGCAGAGCAGAUCGCAGACGGCUGACACAGGAGGGGGUGAGCAGCCCGAGAGGCCCAGACUGAAAAAGGCUGCUCCUGGGACCAGGCGAAUGCUGCGGAGACACACUGUCGAUGACACAGUCGGAGCCAAGGGCCCAGAGACUGCUGGUGGCCUGGCCACUCCCCGCGAGGCCAGUAUUUCCCAGUUUUAACAGGAAUAAGGAACCGUUCAAUUUGCUGCCAGGCAGCAAGUCCUCAAUAAGAAGACGCCGAGCGUGAAUACAGCUUAGAACUAAAUAUACUUGCUCUUUGGCUCGAGAGAGCAGCAGCUUCCUGAAAGCUUUUCCUGGCUAAGGGAAAGUGCAACAAAAAACUGUUACCAUCUUCUUCCUCUUCAAAGCUGAGGAAUACACUUGGAAAGGAAUGGACAGAAAGUCCAGUGGUGUCCAGAUCCUUAAGACUUCUUCAGUGUUAGGGUUCCUUGGUUAGAGUGAGAGGUUUCAUCACCAGAUUCUGACCUCCUCCUCCUGAAGGUGCUAAGCCUCUGAUGUGUAUAAACGAGCAAACCACAAGCUAACAGAACUCCUCCAUCUGGGACAAACUGAAGAGAAGCAGUUCAGGUUUCAUGGUACUGUGGUGGCCGGCCAGAAACAUCACAUUUGAAUGAAGGAAACAGGACCUGGAAAAUGCUCCUUUGCAAAGCAACAUUUGAACCCAAAGAUGCCUAAAUGCCGUUCUCAAGUUCCUUUUACACUAUGUACGUGGGAAAAGUUGGGUAGAAUUUUUCUUCCAGCAAAGUACAGAUAUUUGAUCAUUGCACAUAUGCACCUCUAGUGUCUCUAGAAACAUCCCUUUCCAUUAAGAACCUCCCUUAAAUGUCACUCCUGAUGGAUGGUUACUGAACUAGAGAGUAGAUUUGGCACAUCUUUUCUUAGUCUUUUGAUUCAGAUUGAAAACUUACAGCACAAACCAGGUCAAAUUUACUUUAAGUUAGAAUUUAUUGCCAUUCAUUCCUUUUUAUAAAUUUCUAUAGAUUAUACUGUUAUUUUUUUAUGUUAUUAAUUGGUCUCGAGCUGCAAACAUGGGUUUAUCUUGAGUACAUUUUCAAAUACCUUUGUAACAGAGAAAUGGUUUUGUGCAUGUUCUUGGAAAUACUUGUGUAUGUACAGAAGGGAGGGGCUGAUUAUUUUUCUACAAAGUAAUUUAUGAUUUCUAAUUUUCUAAUGUGCCUUGGAUAUGUGCCAAAUGAUGGAAAAGAAACAGUAAACUUUAUGAUUCUUGAGUGUGUCAUGGUACCUUUUUUAGUUAAUGUUUUGCUCUGGAGGUACCUGUUUCUCAGCCUCUUAGCUAGAAACAUGUGCUUUGUGUUUGGAAAAAUCUUCCCCCAUUGGAGGAACAUACAUUUUAUUUUUCAGUUAUAGAUGUGUGACUGAAACGUGUCAACUGGAUCAUUCAGAGCAGAUUAUCAUAAUCUGUCUACCUGACUAGGGCUGACUUACGCACAGUACCUAGUGCCCACAAAAAUGUUUUAAACUCAACAAAAAUGAAUACAAUACAGCUUCUUAGCCCAAGCAGGGAA